AUGGCUUCCGACGGUCCUACAAAUACUUCCACUACUACUCAGUCUAAGAUAGCCACACUCGCCUUGCGUAAAGUCCGCAAAUUGAACUCACAAGUCAAAGAGCUUGCUCAGCGAUGCGCGGACCUGGAGCACGUCGUCGCACAAGCGGAAGCAGAAGGACGCCUAUCAGAUUAUCGGCCCACAAUUCCAACCCAACUGUCCCCUCGCAAUAAAUUGAGCAAGAAGCGGAAAGUAUCUGGUGCAGAACGGCGAGCGUCACGAACGGAUAACGACAGGCGGUUAGCGUUAUUGGGCGCAUAUGUCGCCUCUCUACGUGUUGAACGAGCUUCUCGAUUGAUGAAUACCCUUGCGAAAAGGCGGGCGUCUGACGCUAUUGUCAUUGCUUCCAGGAAAGAAGACGCAGAUGAAACGCGUACCACCGAAGGCGGCGUCGGAAGCCAUUCUGGUAACGUACCUACCACUGGCGCAGAGGGCUACACAAUGGGUUGCGAGCUGAAACGAAGUGUGUUCCUAGACAGAGAAAGUACAAGCGGCAUAAGAUCUUGA